AUGGAGCAAUUACAUGAGGUCUCAAACGUGCAGUUUGGUAAAUCAACCAAGAAGAGGAAACGUAUGCCCAAUGAACUUAAUUGGACAAAAAAAUGUAUCUUCUUUGAGCUUCCUUACUGGUUAGAUUUGGGAUUGCGACAUAACUUGGACGUCAUGCAUAUUGAAAAAAAUAUUUGUGAUUCAAUCCUGGGAACCUUGAUGAAUAUUGAAGGCAAAAGUAAGGACACCGCCAAUGCGUGUAGGGAUUUGGAAGAUCUUGGACUAAGAAAAGAAUUACAUUUACGGCAUGAUGGUAAUCAUACUUCUAUGAGUCUUGCAUGUUAUAUGUUAAAUGUAACUGAGCGAAGGAGUUUUUGUGCACGUCUUUCAGAAGUCAAAUUUCCAGAUGGUUUUGCCUCAAAUAUUGCCCGGUGUGUCAACAUUACUGAAGGAAAAAUCAUAGGGAUGAAGAGCCAUGAUUGUCAUAUCUUUAUGCAAUAUUUGUUGCCAGUUGUUAUUGGUGGGUACCUACGACCCGAUAUUAGGGGAGCUUUAAUCGAGUUCUGCUCAUUUUUCAAAGAAUUAUGUUCACGAACACUAGACAUAACAGUGUUGGAACGGCUUCAAGCUAAUAUCCCCAUCAUUCUUUGCAAAUUAGAAAUGAUAUUCCCACCUGCAUUUUUUGAUAUCAUGGUGCAUCUUGCCAUUCAUCUGCCAGAUGAGGCAUUGCUAGCAGGACCUGUUCAGUAUAGGUGGAUGUACCCUUUCGAGAGGUAUCUGGGUAAGUUCAAGCGAUAUGUCCGCAACAGAGCCCGUCCAGAAGGCUCAAUUGCUGAGGCAUAUGUUCAUGUCGAGUGCCUGACGUUUUGCUCUAUGUACCUUAAUGAUAUCGAGACUAGAUAUAACCGGGAGGAACGGAACAUUGACUUGGUUGGCCUCUCGAGAGGCAAGUUUAUCGGUUUUCUCCCAAAAAGUGCGCCCGUUAGGGGCAGCAAGAAUGGAAAAAUUACCCGAUGCACUUUUUUCCAAGGCCGAGUGAUUGCCGAGUUGCAUGCGAAGACUCCCCCUGAGGUGACCGAUGACAUAUAUGCAUUAGCAUGUGGUCCAGAUCCACUAGUUGCAUCAUAUGCUGGCUGUAUAAUGAAUGGAAUUCGGUUUCACACGAAUGAUCUCGAAGGGCGUCGCCGCACCCAAAAUAGUGGGGUUGUUGUUCAUGCCGACCAUGAAGGAUUGCCAAUUGACUUCUACGGUGUGUUGCAGGACAUCAUAGAAUUACGCUAUAUGGGUUGGCGUAAGUGUUUUUUGUUUAAAUGUGAUUGGUGGGACAUUGGCGACACGAGAAGGGGGAUACACAUUGGAGAUCACUUCACGAGUGUCAACACUUCUAGGCAAUGGUAUAAAGAUGAGCCUUUCGCUCUAGCAUGCCAAGCGUUGCAAGUGUUUUACAUAAAAGACCCGACUUUGGGGGGAAGUUGGCACGCAGUACACAAGAUAACAAAUAGGAAUGUUUACAAUAUUCCCCACAAGACCUCGGACUUGCAUGAACUUGAUGAUGAAUUGCACGUUGUUGAAACAGAAGACGAUAGUGACACUGAUGUUAGGAACUAUGGUAAUGUUAAUGAAACUAACCCAGGCAUGCUCAAUCCAUUGACCAGAGUAAAUGAAGACCACUUGCCCGUUGAUGACGCCACAUUGUCACCAGAGCAAUUGGCUGAAGAAAGUGCUGAUGAGGCCUUCACUGAUGAUGAAAACAUUAACAGCGUGUUUUGGAUGGAGAACAUAGAUGAGGGGGAUGGCGAUGGUACUGAAUAA